AAAUUUACUAACCCGCAGACUUCCCCAAACUCCAAUCUUUAGAUCAGCUAAAAUGUUCCCGCCGGUGGUUAGAGCUCAGGCGACGUCUGCCUCAUUCACACCGGGAAUAGCUCAGACAGUUAUUCAAUGGUUUCAGACUUUCCCUCCUACCUUGCAAUCUGCGCUUGCUUCUAAUGUCAUCAUAUUCAUUUUAGGCUCUCCGAUCCUUCGAUCGGGAUUACCCUUUCUUCAGCAGGGUGUCUAUUGGGUGAGGUACCAUUUUCUCCAUUUCCUUGUCCAUUUGUAGACAUAUAUAAGAUGAGUAAAUUGAAUGUUAAAAUUUAUAACUGCAAUUCUACAUUUGAGAUGUGUGUGGAUUUACUUGAUGUUCGUUUUUGAGAAGAUAUCAUGAAGAAUUUGAUAUCUUGAUGGGAUUUCUUAUAACAAAAACAAUUGGCGCUUCAUUUCAAGAGAAGGAAGGUUUCCAAUGGGUAUGCAUCCGAUUUUAAAUUCAGUCAUUUCUUUCCUUGGGAAAUUGAUUAGUUACUUUUGUUUGCACCUCAUGUGCAUUGAAAAUUAAGAACCGAAAAGAAUGAACUCAAAGCUUCUCUGUUUAUUGUAAUUUCUACAGCUUAACAAUGAUUUGGUCAAUGUGAUCAAUAUAUCCAUGGUAAUAACAAUUUACUGAUUCCAAAUUAGACAGGAACGCUUCCGAUUUGAGUCCUGCUUGCAUUACCGUCAUAACUAUUGAGUAAGCCUUGAUUAUGAAAAAACUUACAUAUUUGUCUUUCUUUCAUGUUAGUCUCAUGAAGCCUGUGGAGAUCAAUCCAAACGAUGAAUGGACAAAUAUGGCCAUGGUUGGAAUAUCUCCACAGAUAUGUAUCCUUCAGAAGCUUUAGUAUCAAAGAUGUGUCAUUAUAAUGCAAAUAUCACAUCUUUUGUGGUUCACACUGUAUCCCCUUUCCUAGGGAGAUUAGUGGGAGUUGAGGCAUUUCUGUCUUGAAUCAUGUAGAAAAAAACAAUGAUUUCAUACAUCUACAUCAGUUUGAAUCUCUGUUUCCACUGAGCUAGUAUUCUGUUCAUUGAUGAAUUUCAUCUCCAGUGCAUUUUUUUUUCUUAAAUUUGCCUAGUGAUGAAGAGUCUAUACAGAGGUGUGAUUUUCUAUAUCGGGCAGCAGGAACUGGAGAUGAAAUACAAAAUGAACAAAAUAGUAGGUCAGUACAAGCAGAAAUGUGAACUGAUGCAAGAAAAAUUCACUGAAAAAAUGGAGCAGGUGCAUACUGCAUACCAGAAAAUGGCCAAGAGGUGUCAACUGAUGGAACAAGAAAUUGAAAUUAAGCAAGACCAUCAAGAAAAGUUUGCUGAGAAAUCAAGGCAAAAAAGGAAACUUGACGAGAUAUACGAUCAACUGAGAAGUGAAUACGAGUCAGCAAAACGAUCUGCUGUUCAACCUGUAAGCAAUUUCUAUAGAGCUGAUCCUGAUUUGUUUUCAACUCCAGCUAACACGAUGGAUAACAGAGAACCAAUUAGAAAAGGUAAUUUCAAUCUCCUUUAGUAUUACCAUAAAAUUAAUCCUAUUCUGCAUUCAAGUUUCUUUGUACAAGAAAUAACUAACAUCUGAGACCUGACAAACAUCAAUAGAGUACUGAAAUUAGCCAUUUUUUUAAUAGAACCACAUAUAAGUCAAGUUAUGUCAUUUUUUAAUAUAACCAAAAUUGAGUUGUAGCUAAUUAUGUCAAUUAUAAUUCUUCCAAUUUUUUCGAAAACCGAACAGGGACAAGACAAGUAGUAAAAAAAAUUAGGAAAUAGAACAUAAAUCUAUUCCUCUCGUUUCCUUGGUGGUAAUCUUGUAGGCCAGAUUGUCAAAAACUAAUUGAAGAGGAAACUAUACGAGUGUUUAUGAAGAAGUGAUCUUGUCUCUUAGAGCUCCUUUGAUUAUUUAUGAUAAUUUUAGAAUCUUUUUAUUAAAAACUCAUCAAGUUAUAUUUAUUUUCAAUAGUUCAUUUGUUCGAUUCCGAGUGGCAAGGUCUACCAACCAGUACCCAAACGUCU